ACAGCGCUGCUCCGCUAAAACUUCUGCCCCUAAAUUUAUUUUUCGUCUUCUUGCGGAAAUAAAACGCAUAGGCUAUAUUGUAAGUCAGUUUUUUCAAGAAAGUGCUUCCACAUCAGAUCUCUUCAUACCAGUCACCAUGGAUAGCGGGAGAGAUCUGCUGCAGAACAUGCAAAAUCCCCCACAAGUCAGCACACCUGUAUUAGCAUUCUCCAAAAUUUUAAUGUGUGCUUUACCCAUCACACAGAUCGCCAUAGGAGCUGUGUACCUGAAGGACUGCCCCCAACAGCACUAUAUCCCCAUCUACCUACUGGUGUUGGGGGCAUUUGCUCUGGUGCUCGGGGUCCUGUCCUGUCUACCCUGCACACGGGAGCCUGUGGACGGGGGCCAGAGCACCCUCAGCACCCUCUGCAAUGUCUGGAACUCUAUGGUGUCCUUCUUCCUCUUCUGCUGGUUCAUAGCUGGAAAUGUGUGGAUCUACUCCAUCUACCCUGCAAACUAUAAUCAGACCCAGCCCCACACAGCAUACUGUAAUAAGACACUGUACCUGUUUGCUUUCUGGAUUACCACAGUGGUUUACAUGUUGUUUGCAUUGUGCUGCUGUGCACUUAUCUGCAUGUGUCUGUGUAGGAAGGCUGGGCCCAACAUGGGAUACAGCAGAGAUGCAUGAGACAGAGAGGGGGCCCCUGUCCUUUAGCCCACUUUCUGUUGCUUAUCAUUCUGUUGAACUCUCCAAAGGACCCAGCCCUGUGUACAGUAAUUAGUUCUUCAUCCCCUCCAGACCAUCCCUCUCCCUUUAUUAUUUUCAUUCAUGGAUCACCCACCAAUGUUUCUUAUUCUCAUUAAACUAUGUCUCCACUUUGUUUCA